AGUUUUCUCGGUUGAUCAAACGAACUUCUAACCAACAUCUGCCGGUGUAAACAAUGAGACGUGCUCCAAAAUCAUUUGUUUGUAAAUAAAAAGAGUGCAAGUAUUCUAAAUUAGAUUCACAAUGGAGGAAACAGCAUCUACGAUCUCCGAUCCAAUAAAGAACCAUCAAGAACAUGAAGAAAACCGUGCAGAAGAGAUAGAUCCAAUAAUCCCUGAAUCUGCUUCAAUGGUCGGUGAGAUUGCCAUAAAAGAAUCAACAGUUACACAACAAAUGAAUGAAUUGACAUUAGAUCAAAAGGAAAUGCAGAUAGAAACACGGGAAACGAAUGAGAUAUCCCAAGAAGUCGAUAAGAAUUCUUUAGAGGAUGACACCCAGAAUUUGAGCUCAAAGACUGAGGAGAAUGAAGAUCAGAUUUUCAAAUAUAAUUGGAGUAUUUCUCCUAUCCUUUUGUGCUCAGCUACUGAAGAGUAUGAACCUAAUGCUAACUGUGAGAAUUUCACGAAAGGUUGUUUGUGGUCGCCAGAUGGUACUUGCCUUCUGGUACCUGCUGAGGAUUUCAGACUCAGGGUUUAUGAACUGCCCACAAUUUUGUACUCUGGAAAAUUUCCGCAGGAUUCACUAUCUUCACUGAAGCCAGUCUUUAGUAUUAAAGAGGGUGGAAUUGUUUAUGACUGCUCGUGGUACCCAUUGAUGAACUCCUGGCAGCCAGAAACCUGUUGUUUUAUUAGCACCAGCAAAGAGACUCCCAUUCAUCUUUGGGAUGCCUUCACUGGACAGUUGAGAGCUACUUAUCGAGCUUAUAAUCAAGUUGACGAGGUGGAAGCAGCAAUUAGUGUUCAAUUCUCUGAUCACGGCCAGACGGUUUGGGCUGGCUUUAAAGGCGCCCUCCGAUCAUUUGACACUAAUCGUCCUGGAAGACAAAUUGAAGACAUUUUUCUCAAACAUGACUUUCCAAAUGUCACUGGCAUCGUCUCCUGUAUUAGAGAAAAUCCUAAGAUGCCGGGACUCCUCGCGUUUGGAACGUACUCCAAAUGCAUAGGUCUGUACAACAAUGGGCCACUUUGUUCCUUCAAAGCAAGCAGUGGAGUGACUCAAGUGGAAUUCAGUCCCUGUGGUACGAAAUUAUAUGCAGCAGUUCGUCGUAAUGAUGAAUUUGUUUGUUGGGAUCUUCGAAAUCCGGGGAUUAUUCUCUAUUCGUUGGAGGGACGUCGGUCAAAUACAAAUCAGAGAAUUCAAUUUUCCUCUUCGCCGGAUGGCAAUGACGUUAUCUCAGGUGGAACCAAUGGUGUCGUAAACGUCUGGAAAACGUCGGAAAUUAAUUGCAGCGAAAUUCAACCCUCCUGGAGAAUUUCACUCUCCGGUGAUUGUGUAAAUGGUGUCAAUGUACAUAAAUGCCUGCCAAUAAUGGCAACGAGCUCGGGACAAAGAUUGUGUGAAGAAGAUCUUGUGAUUAGAGACAAUAGCGUUCGAUUGUGGUAUUGUGGAUUUGGAAUAGACAAAUCGUGACUGAUUAAUGACACUGACUGCAGCGUUGAUGUCGGUCCAAUCUCGGCACAAUAUUGAGUCAAGGUUGGCAAGAAUUAAAUUAAUUUACAGAUUCCACUAAAUUACUCGAAUAAUAUUCAUUUGAAUAUCCAAAAAAAGAAAGAAUUCGGCUAAAUAAACAGAGUAUUUUCUUUGGAAUGUGAAAAUUGUGGGCUU